AUGAACCAGGACCCUCGUUUCCAAACGUCUCUUCGAGGGCUUAUAUCGCAAAAUCUCGAUGCUCUUGGUUGGCUAAGAGACAGUGAAUCCCUUGGAGGCCCAUUUACCGCGAUCGACUGUGCCAUAUGGUUUUGUGUACAAGGCUACACUGUCUCAGUAACGAACAAUAUCCUCUCACAAGAUAUUUCACAGAUAUACAGCAAAGCUCGCUGGACAAGCGAUGUUGUUGUCAUUGACGGGCUUCCAGAAACUCCCGGAGGCACAGCACUGACCUCUGAGAGCCCAAUACAUGUUGGUAGAACAUAUGGUGUCUCUGUGUCGGCCUUGGACGGCCUUGCUGCCGGUAUUAGGCACCUUAUAUUCGGCGUUGUAGAGGAACUUCCAGGAGGAUACCGCUAUAGCGGGUCAACAUUUCUGCCGGCGUUCUACCAAUCUGAUUCCGUCGAGCAUGUUCUCGGCAAUCUUGCGACCAGUCUAACGAAUCACAUACGACAGUCGGGUAGUUCAGCUACGAAAAAGAGGAAUAGCUAG